AUGGUGUGUAAACAUGCAGACAAACCAAAGCAGAAGCACAAGAAAGGGUUAUGGUCUCCAGACGAAGACUUGAAGCUCAAAAGCUACAUCCUCAAACACGGCCACGGCUGCUGGAGCUCCGUCGCCGUCAAUGCUGGUCUGCAAAGGAAUGGAAAGAGCUGCAGGUUAAGGUGGAUUAAUUAUCUUAGGCCUGGACUGAAGCGAGGAAUGUUUAGCGUAGAAGAGGAGGAAGCAAUUCUGACCCUCCAUGGCAUGCUCGGCAACAAGUGGGCACAGAUGGCACAGCAUUUGCCUGGAAGAACAGAUAACGAGAUAAAAAACUACUGGCACUCUUAUCUGAAGAAAAAAGUGGCCAAAAUAGGUGAAACUGAAGCUCAGGCCAAAGCAGAGAAGUCAAGUUCGGCAAGUUGUUUGGAAUCUUCACCUUCCUCGAUGCAGUCAAAUCCCCCAACUUCUACCAUCGAAUCAAUUGAACAAUUGGAGAGCUCAUUGAUGUCAGACGCAGAACAAUCUGUUUCUCAGUCUCAGAUGGACCUUCCAAGAGAAGCUUGCAGAAGCAACUUGCCCAGGGUACUAUUCGCCGAGUGGCUUUCAUUAGAUCAAUUUCGAGACCAGAACUGUGAGAGUUCAGGAAAUCCAGUGGUUGCCAAGAAUAAUUUGGUUUACUACAAUUCCGACUUUCAAGAUUCUUUCAUGCAUGACUUAUUGCUCAACGAAGGAACAUUUGGCGGGGGAAAUCACCAGGGGCUAAGUAAUGGCGCCGUGGACGACAUCCUGCCGCCAGCUCUCAAGUUUGAGGACCAAAUUCUAGAAAACAGCUUUGUUGAUUUUAUAAAUGGGCGUUUCAGUCUGACCAGUGAUGACCUAUAUUUGUGA